CCGCUUUGUUAGCCGGCGGGUCUGGUCUGGCUCAGAAAGACAGUUCGUCAAGCCGCUGUUGAGCACUUUUGUACUCAUUAAGUCCUUAUUGUCUUCCCCACCCCGCCGCAUUAUCAGUUCUCCUCAGGGAACCCUCAUUUCCUCCACCCACCAUUCUCAGAACCCCGUCAUGGAUCUGGACAGCCCCCUUCCCCCGCUAAAGCCAGUGGAUGGAAAUCCCAAUGUGGAUAAGAUCAAGAAUAAGAAUGCCAAAAGGCUUUCUGUUGAAAGAAUCUACCAGAAGAAAACACAGCUGGAGCAUAUAUUGCUCCGGCCUGAUACAUACAUUGGCUCUGUGGAACAAGUAACACAGCAAAUGUGGGUGUUUGAUGAAGGCGUUGGACUGAACUUCAGGGAUGUUACCUUUGUACCUGGUCUCUAUAAAAUUUUUGAUGAAAUCCUAGUUAAUGCUGCCGAUAACAAGCAAAGAGAUAAGAGCAUGUCAUGUAUCAAAAUUACGAUUAAUCCGGAAAAUAAUAUGAUUUCUGUGUGGAACAAUGGAAAAGGGAUUCCUGUUGUAGAGCACAAAAUAGAAAAAGUCUAUGUGCCGGCUCUUAUUUUUGGACAGCUGUUAACCUCCAGCAACUAUGACGACGAUGAAAAGAAAGUCACAGGUGGGCGAAAUGGUUAUGGAGCUAAACUCUGCAACAUCUUCAGUACCAGAUUUACAGUGGAAACUGCAUGCAAAGAAUACCACAAGCUCUUUAAGCAGACGUGGACUGACAACAUGACUAAGGCAGGGCAGAUGACACUGAAAUUUUUUGAUGAGGAGGACUUUACAUGCAUCACUUUCCAGCCAGAUCUGUCAAAAUUUAAAAUGACGGUCCUGGACAAAGACAUUGUGGCCCUCAUGACUCGUAGAGCCUAUGACGUGGCAGGAGCUGCUAAAGAUGUCAAAGUCUUCUUGAACGGAAAGAAACUACCAGUCAAAGGAUUCCGUAGCUAUGUAGAUCUAUAUCUAAAGGACAAGAUGGAUGAAACAGGCAACCCGCUGAAAGUUAUCCAUGAGGAAGUGAACAACCGGUGGGAAGUGUGCCUGACACAGAGUGAAAGGGGCUUUCAGCAAGUUAGCUUUGUCAAUAGCAUUGCUACAACAAAGGGUGGUAGACAUGUGGACUACGUCGCUGACCAGGUUGUCAGUAAGCUCAUUGAGGUGGUGAAGAAGAAGAACAAAGCUGGCGUUGGAGUGAAGCCCUUUCAGGUGAAGAAUCAUAUCUGGAUCUUCAUAAACGCCUUGGUUGAAAAUCCAACUUUCGAUUCUCAGACAAAGGAAAAUAUGACACUUCAAGCAAAGAGCUUUGGCUCCACGUGCAAGCUGAGUGAAAAGUUUAUCAAAGGGGUAGUUGGUUGCGGCAUAGUAGAGAACAUCUUGAACUGGGUGAACUUCAAAGCUCAGACACAACUCAACAAGAAGUGUUCUGCGGUGAAACAUACUAGGAUUAAAGGAAUUCCUAAACUGGAUGAUGCCAACGAUGCUGGGGGUAAGAACUCCAUCAACUGUACACUUAUUCUGACGGAAGGAGAUUCGGCCAAAACGCUUGCAGUUUCUGGCCUUGGAAUUGUGGGCAGGGACAAAUAUGGAGUAUUUCCCUUGCGUGGAAAGCUUCUCAAUGUCCGGGAUGCUUCUCAUAAACAGAUAAUGGAGAAUGCUGAAAUUAACAACCUUAUCAAGAUUGUUGGUCUGCAGUAUAAGAAGAAUUAUGAUGAUGCAGAAUCACUUAAGACCCUGCGAUAUGGAAAGAUAAUGAUCAUGACAGAUCAGGAUCAAGACGGCUCUCAUAUCAAAGGCUUGUUGAUUAACUUCAUACACCAUAACUGGCCUUCUCUACUAAAGCAUUGCUUCUUAGAAGAAUUCAUUACUCCCAUUGUAAAGGCUUCCAAGAAUAAAGAAGAGCUUGCUUUCUAUAGUAUUCCAGAAUUUGAAGAGUGGAAAACCAACGUUCCUAGCCACAAAAGCUGGAAAAUCAAGUACUACAAAGGUCUGGGUACCAGCACAUCAAAAGAGGCAAAAGAGUACUUUGCAGAGAUGGCAAGGCACCGAAUACCUUUCAAAUACUCUGGCCCUGAAGAUGAUGUUGCUAUCUCCCUGGCCUUUAGCAAAAAGAAGGUGGAGGACCGAAAGGAAUGGUUGACAAACUUCAUGGAGGAUCGAAGGCAACGGAAACUACAAGGCCUACCAGAAGAUUAUUUAUAUGGAAAAAUGACCAGUUGUUUGACUUACAAUAGCUUCAUCAACAAAGAACUUAUUCUGUUCUCCAACAUGGACAAUGAGCGAUCCAUUCCUUCCUUGGUUGAUGGACUGAAACCAGGUCAGAGGAAAGUUCUGUUCACUUGCUUCAAAAGAAAUGACAAACGGGAGGUGAAGGUUGCUCAGUUGGCUGGAUCAGUAGCAGAGAUGUCUGCUUAUCAUCAUGGAGAGGUCUCCCUGAUGAUGACCAUUAUCAACUUGGCUCAAAACUUUGUGGGAAGCAACAACCUUAAUCUGCUUCAACCCAUUGGUCAGUUUGGCACCAGGCUGCAUGGUGGAAAAGACUCUGCCAGUCCUCGAUACAUCUUCACAAUGCUCAGUCCUUUAGCACGGCUGGUAUUCCCCGCAGUUGAUGACAAUGUGGUGAACUUCCUAUUUGAUGACAACCGUCGUGUUGAGCCUGAGUGGUACAUUCCAAUAAUCCCCCUGGUUCUAAUCAAUGGAGCCGAGGGCAUUGGGACAGGCUGGUCGUGCAAGGUUCCCAACUAUAACAUCCGAGAAGUGGUGAACAACAUUCGACGCUUGCUGGAUGGAGAGGAUCCGCUACCAAUGCAUCCUAGUUACAAGAAUUUUAAAGGGACAAUCGACGAACUAGGUCAGCAACAGUACCUUGUCAACGGGGAAGUAUCUAUUCUUGAUUCUACCACCAUUGAAAUUUCUGAGCUUCCUGUUCGGACAUGGACACAGGUGUAUAAAGAACAGGUUCUGGAGCCUAUGCUGAAUGGCACAGAGAAGACUCCCCCAUUAAUAACGGACUACAAAGAAUACCACACAGACACCACAGUUAAAUUCAUAGUAAAACUGAGUGAGCAAAAGCUGGCAGAAGUGGAAGCAGCUGGUGUCCACAAAGUCUUCAAGUUACAGACCUCUCUUGCCUGUACCAACAUGGUACUAUUUGACCACGUUGGCUGCCUGAAGAAAUACAAUACUGCAGAAGAUAUUCUGCGGGAAUUCUAUGAGCUCAGGCUGCGCUAUUAUGUCUUAAGAAAAGAUUGGCUUGCUGGAAUGCUCGGUGCAGAAUCUGCAAAGCUAAGCAAUCAGGCUCGCUUCAUCCUGGAGAAAAUAAAGGGCAUUAUAGUGAUUGAAAACAAGCCCAAGAAAGAAAUAAUAAAGAUCCUUGUUGAGAGGGGUUAUGAUUCUGAUCCAUUGAAGAGAUGGAAAGAGUCCCAGCAGAAGGAUAUGAAUGAGGAGACAGAAGAAGAUGGAGAGAGUGGGAAGGAAAACGAAUCAGGUGCAGCCACUGGGCCAGAUUUUAACUAUCUCCUCAACAUGCCUCUCUGGUACCUAACUAAGGAAAAAAAGGACGAACUGUGCAAGCAGCGGGAUGACAAAGAAGCUGAGCUGGAAAAUCUGAAAAGGAAGAAUCCUGACGACUUAUGGAAAGAAGACCUUGCAGCCUUUGUUGAGGCUCUUGAUGACCUAGAAGCCAAGGAAAAACAGGAGGAGAUGCUUGGAGCCACAGGCAAGCCCAUCAAAGGGAAAGGAGGGAAGGUGAAAGUAAAGAAACUGCAUUUGGAAGAAGUCAUGCCUUCGCCACAUGGCAGGAGGGUUGUCCCCCGCGUGACUGAGGAAAUGAAAAUGGAUGCAACUAAGAAAUUAAAAAGAAAAAUCAAGAGUGAAAAAACUGAGCAUGGGGAUCCAGGAGAGUCACCAGAGUCUGAAAAAGAACCAACAGAUCUUAAACAAAGAUUAACAAAGAAAUUUAAAACAGAGCUGGAUACAAAGAAACAAUCCAUUCUGCCAUUCAAGCCACUAAAAAAAGAGAAAAAAAGAAACCCAUGGUCUGAUUCAGAAUCAGAAGAGGAUAACAUAGAGCUUCUGCCUUCUAAAAACCUACCACGUCGCCAAGCAGCAGAAAAAGCAUUGCACGCAUUCAAUUCCAGUUCAGGAGAAGACUUCAGUGAUGUGGAUUGUAAACCUGAGGUUCAGGAGAUGGAUGAGGAUGUCUCUGAAGAAAACUUGAAGUUUCCUGCUGCAAAGCUAAAGGCUGAUUCUAAGGAAGCCAACAAACAGGAAGUCAAAGAACAAAGGAAAGCACCCACAGUCCAGAGUUCCAUCUCAAUUGACAUCCUGGACUCUGAUAAGCCAGCUACAUCAGCCUCUUCCUUGCCUUCUACUAGUACGGCAGGAAAACCUGCACCAAGAAAAAGAGGUCCAACCAAGAAAGUAAAAGGUGACGAUAAUCAGCCUACAAUUGUGGAUGCUUUCACCAAGGAAAAGGCAGCUCUGAAACCCAAGAAGGCAACAGCAGAUAAAGCAGCCUCCAAAAAGCCUGGGCUUUCCAGGGCCAAGACGGCCACCAAAAGGAAGCCUGCCUUUUCUUCUUCUGAGGAUUCUGAUGCUGACCUUGAAGUCGUUAAAAAGUCAACAGCACUUAAGAAGUCCAAGGCAGUGGAUGAAUCAUUCUCUAUUGAUUUGUGUUCUGAUGACGAUUUGCCUUCUGCACCUGUAGCCCGUGAAAGGCCAGGGCGGGCCAGGAAGCCCGUUCAGUAUCUGGAAGAAUCAGAGGAUGAAAUGUGAAAAUAAAACAUAUAUACAUCUUUCAGCAUUGCUUGCAUGAAGGAAACUAGGAGACUGCACAAUCGUAUGUGAAUAUGAACAUGGCUUUCUAAAACUCUUCUUUAGCAGAUGCAGGGGGCCAAGAGCUUGCCUCCCUUUUAUCCCUUUCCUUAAAAAAAUGCAAGCUGUUCUGGCAAGAGGCAUCAAAACAUGGUACUUGACUUCAGUGAUAAAAACACAGUAGGGUGACCAUGCGUGAAGGAAAGGGAAAUGUCUCUCUCCUUUAAUUUUAUUUGAAAGGUGGUGUCUGCUUUUCAAGCAAUAUGCCAAGAGUUUGCAAUAGCCAACACAAAGUUUUGCCACUGUUGUUUGUCUUUCUGUGUUGUUCUUUGUCUUUCUGUGUAAGUAUUUUCUGCAAGGUUUUGUACACUGUUCCAGCCACUGCUUUUAUACUAGUUUAAUAAACUUAUUUUCUGCUGGAGGACUAUA